GCUCUACUCUUAUAACAGAGACGGCAAGACGAGAGGAAGUACCACAUCCUCUUCGAGACCCGAAACCACUGAGAUAUGGACCCUGUGGGUUUGAAAGAGGACCUGAAGCUCUUUCAGAGCACCCUGCUCCAGGAUGGUUUGAAGGACCUUCUGAAGGAGAACAAAUUUGUUGACUGCGUUCUGAAGGUUGGAGAUAGGAGUCUUCCCUGUCACAAGCUCAUCAUGGCUGCUUGUAGUCCUUACUUCAGAGAGCUUUACUUCUCCGAAGAUGGGACGGAAAUUGAGGACCCCAACAGGGAAGUUGUGCUGGAGGAGGUGGAUCCCACCAUCAUGGAUAUGGUGGUGAAUUAUCUCUAUUCCGCAGAGAUCGAGAUCACGGAUGAGAACGUGCAAGAUGUGUUUGCGAUUGCCAACAGAUUUCAAAUACCAUCCUUGUUCACAGUUUGUGUCAACUACCUACAAAACAAGUUAUCUUUGGGUAACUGCUUAGCUAUCUUCAGAAUGGGACUUGCCUUAAACUGCCCAAGACUCGCAGUGUCUGCCAGGGACUUCAUAGCUGAACGCUUCGAGACUUUAGCUAAAGACGAGGACUUUCUUGAGUUCGAAGCCCCUGAAUUGUUUGCUAUCAUUGGGUGUGACGCUCUGAACGUGGAGAGGGAAGAGGUUGUGUUUGAGCUCUUGAUGAAAUGGGUCAGGAAGAACAAGGAGAACCGAACGAAAGUUUUGGCCGACGCCUUCGACCACAUCCGCUUCCGACUGCUGCCGGAGAAAUAUUUCAAGGAUAAAGUGGAAAAGGAUGACCUUAUAAAGGCUGACCCUGAGCUUGUGAAAAAGCUGAAGGUCCUCAAAGAUGCUUUUGCUGGAAAACUUCCACCGAAAAAAGAGAAGGGGGAAGGAGAAGAUGGGGAGAAAGUGUUGCCUGGUUAUCUGAAUGACAACAAGAGGCUCGGUAUGUACGCCAAGGAUCUCAUCCUCAUGAUCAACGAUACGGCAGCUGUGGCCUACGAUGCGAAUGAAAAUGAAUGUUUCUUAGCGGCGAUAGCGGAGCAGAUACCUCGAAAUCACGUUAGCAUCACAACAAAGAAGAACCUGCUGUACGUUAUAGGAGGAUUGUUGGUUGAUGAAGAAAACAAAGAGUCACCGUUGAUGUGCUACUUCUAUCAGCUGGAUACACAUUCUCCAAACUGGAUAGCCCUUCCUCCUAUGCCAUCACCCAGAUGUCUGUUCGCCAUUGGAGAGUUUGAAAAUCUCCUGUUUGCAGUCGCUGGUAAAGACCUGCAGACCGGCGAGUCUCUUGACUCAGUAUUAUGUUACGAUAUUGAAAAGAUGAAAUGGCUGGAGACCAAAAAACUGCCCUUAAAGAUUCACGGUCACAGUGUGAUCUCACAGAACGGACUCGUUUACUGCAUAGGAGGAAAAACAGACGAAAAUAAAACCAUCAACAAGAUGUUUGCAUACAACCACAAGAAGUCUGAAUGGAAAGAGUUGGCGGCCAUGAAGACAUCAAGAUCCAUGUUCGGUGCCGUGGUGCACAAAGGAAAGAUCAUUGUGAUUGGAGGAGUAAAUGAAGACGGGCUCUUAGCCUCAUGUGAAGCAUACGACUUUGGGACAAACAAAUGGGAGACGUUCGCCGAGUUUCCUCAGGAGAGAAGCUCUGUAAAUCUGGUGAGCACCGAUGGUUUGCUUUAUGGUGUUGGUGGUUUCGCUAUAAUGGAGAAUGAAAACAAAGAAUGCGUCCCUUCAGAAAUCACAGACAUCUGGGAGUAUGAAGAAGAUAAGAAACAGUGGUCUGGGAUGAUAAGAGAGAUGCGAUACGCUGCUGGUGCUUCCUGUGUUUCUAUGAGACUCAAUGCAGCCAAGAUGCCAAAACUUUAAGAACUGAAUCGGUGUGUGACUAUAAUUUAAAAGCAUUAACAAAGUCUUGAUUUUAUUGUAUACAGUUUGUGUUAUUCGGAAAAUCAGAAAAUAUUAUUUUUGUGACCUUUUAUGAUUAAGGAAAUACCUUUAAAGCAUUUAUAUAGCUGAAGAUAUCAAAUUUAAAUUUAUUGUUUUUCAUCCAUACAUUUUUUAUAAAAAAAAAAACAUGUAAAAAUAAAUACAUUUAAAUCCAAA